UACAGGCAAAACAAAAGCGCGUAGAGUAUAAUAGUUGUACUUGUUAUACAGUAUCGUAUCAAGAACGCGAUUAUAACAAGAAAGCCGAAGUAUCGGAAAGCAGGUGUACUACACAUGAACGAGCACAGCUGAGAACAGCUAUUACAACAAUAAUUAAAUUAGCCCUCUCUCUCUCUCUCUCUCUCUCUCUCUCUCUCGUAGCGAUCGAGGGUCCGCUGCGAGUCUGGUGCGUCCGCACUAUACAGUAGUACACCGCACACCUGACAGCCAGCGCCGCGCUUGUGUGUAGUGGUCUGUCGGAAAAGCCGAGCAGAAGCCACAGCAGAGCGAGAGCGAGCGAGCUGCUGCAGCGCGACAAUAAGGCAUGCCGCGAUCGCUACCGCUCGACGACGACGCUUCGACGUUCUGAUCGCAUUAUAAUACAGAGGGGAUCGACCUGAAAAAGCCUCCCGGCGACUGGUUUCGCUCUGGUUGCGCUCUAAAGAUCGCAUUGGAGGCAGUAUUAUGACCACCGAGAAGAAGGCCAAGAGACUGUCCACCGAGAUGGACGGUGGUGGUGGCGGCGGCGGGGCCAAAGUCGAGGAGGACGGACUGCGAGCCGCCAACUUUGGCGACUGGAUCUGCACCGACACCGAAUGUGCUAAUGUGAACUUUGCAAAGCGCAGUUCCUGCAAUCGGUGUGGCAAAGACCGAGGAGAAUGUCCCAAAAAGAAGAAGCUUGGACAAGAAAUUGGCAAAGCUGCUGCUGAAAAGAGCAGAGGAUUAUUUAGUGCAGAUGACUGGCAAUGCAGCAAAUGUGGUAAUGUCAACUGGGCUCGUCGGCAACAGUGCAAUAUGUGCAAUGCACCAAAGUUUGGAGAGGUUGAAGAAAGAACAGGCUACGGAGGAGGAUACAACGACAGAGGAGUUGUUGAGUACAAAGAACGCAGGGAUGACGAUGAUGAUGAAUACGACGAAUUUGGCAGACGCAGAAAGAAAAGAAAAAUAGAAAAUAGAUCAGACGAUGACUCAAAAGAUUCAAGGUAUAGCAGUCCUCCACGUAGCAGAUCAAAAAAUUCAGAAACUAAGAAAGAUGAGCGAGACAAAGAUAAGGAUGAAGAAGAUGAGGAGGAAGAACCCAUAGUAGAAGAGAAAGAAGAAGAUGAAGAUGAAGAAGAGGAGGAUGAUGACGGUGAUUUAUCAAAGUAUGAUCUAAGCGAAUGGGAUGACUUUACGCCAGCCAAAAAUAAUUCCAAUGGUAAUGCUGGUUCUUCUGAAGAGCAGCAAUCGAGAUGAGAUUGAUGCUCGAAAAAGGACAAACUAUCCGCGAAAGCUUGCUAAGAGUAAAGAUUCUCCAUAGUGAAAGAAUCGCCCAAUCGCGCACAUUAUUGUAAUCCUGCAAGCAAUGCCAGUUCCAAAGUGUUUGUAGAAAAAUUCCGUCGCAAAAUAUGCAGUUUCCCACUUAAUCUUUAAUUAAAUUAAUUGAAUCGGAAAAUCUGUAGUCUACCGCUAAAUUCACAGAGUGAUGAAGGCUAUUUUACAAAUGAAUAUUUGUAUUUUUACUCGCACUUCUUUCAUAGUGCAUCACUCUUUUAAAUAAGAGAAAAAAUUAUAGAUGGAUUUUUUUGCAAUUUAGCGUAAGUAAAAAAAUAGAUAAUUCUGCUAUUCGUCUAUUGUAGUAAGGAAAUGUUUUUUCUUAAAUUCUACAGCCGUUAAAAUAUUGUAAAUAGGCAGUUACUACGACGUUCGGCACUGUAUCGCGCGAUAACUUUAAAUAAAAACCUUUCAAAUGUUCAUAUAUUUAAAAAAAGUGAAGAACAAAUGUAACAAAAACAUAAAAAAAAUUGAGCAGAUAGAACUGUGUAAUGGAUGAAGGCUGACACAGUGCAAAGCAUCUGUUAAUACUUUUGCUCGCUGUUCUCACACAACUGACUCUUCUUUCUUGUAAAUAUCUUUAUUUUAUUUUUCAUUUAUAAUAAAAAUCAUUCGUCAACAACGUAA